UAUCUAUGAGAAUAACAUUGAGCAAAGAGAAAGGGAAGCGAUAAAGGCAUCCGGCGGCCGGCUAAAACUCGCGAUUUCUUAGCAAGAGGAGCGGAGGAUAUAUUUGUUGUUUUUCAUCAACUAGAGUCUGAAGUCCUAUGUUAAAGGAGGAAGGAAAAGAAGAAGAUAUUAACCAGUACAGUAUCUGUCAAGAUUGACGCUGUCAACUAGAGCCAAUGACAACACUUUCGGUCUUAUUUACGUUGAAAGUACAGUAUUUUUCAAUAAAAUGAAUAGGGAGUAAGAAAAAUUUCUACGUUCUGGAAUGUCAACGACAAUUUUUUAACAAGUGUAGAAUCGUAAGGAUUUAUGACAUUCAAGAAUGUCAGAAUUCAAAAUUUCACAUUGCGUGAUUCCAGUGCUUUGCUUGAGUGAGCUGUUUGUAAUAGGCUUGCUAGUGUUCAGCCAUGGAUUUCUUUUGACUAGACAGGUUAUUGAUAUUAACUCAACUUGUCAUGGUUUCACCUCAGAUGAAAUCAUUGAUGCUGAUGUGACAAGAAAUACAGAGCAGCUGGACUCACAGAAUGGGUGCUGGAUGAAACCCUCCUUUGAAAAGGCUGUUAUUCUUAUUAUUGAUGCCUUACGGUAUGAUUUUGCACAUUUCAAUGUUUCUCUGAGGAAAGAUGAUGCCACACCUUAUCUGAACAAAAUGCCAGUGUUUAGAGAGAUCAUGGAUGCAAAACCCAAAGAAGCAAUGUUAGUUCCCUUCAUUGCUGAUGCCCCCACAACCACCAUGCAAAGAUUAAAGGGGCUUACAACAGGUAGCCUCCCUACCUUUAUAGAUGCAAGUCAGAACUUUGCCAGUGAAGAGAUAAGCGAAGACAACAUUAUUGAUCAACUUGUCAAGCAUCAGAAGGAAGUGAUAGUUUUGGGUGAUGAUACAUGGAAUGGCUUAUUUCCCAAAAGAUUUAAAAGAUCGUUCCUGUUUCCAUCAUUCAAUGUAAUGGACCUUCACACCGUAGACAAUGGAAUUCUCCAACACCUGGAAGAAGAAUUGCAGAAGGAUGAUUGGAAUGUAAUGAUUAGCCAUUUCUUGGGUGUGGACCACUGUGGCCACCGAUAUGGGCCCGACCAUCCUGAGAUGACAGCAAAAUUAGCACAAAUGAAUGACGUGAUUAAGAAUGUGGCAGAUCGUAUAGGGAUGGACACACUACUUUUGGUAUUUGGCGAUCACGGCAUGACCAAGACAGGCGACCAUGGUGGAGACUCUGAAGGCGAAAUAACGGCUGCUCUCUUUGCCUACAGUCCUGGACUAAAUAUGGUUCCUGCCAACCCAGAUAGCAUUCAUCCAAUACAGGUGUCACAAGUGGAUAUUGUUCCCACUCUUGCACUGGCCCUUGGUGUUCCCAUCCCGUUCUCUAACCUGGGCAAGGUGGUGGAAGAGUUGCUGGCCAAGAAGGGAGAAUCAUCGGAGGAAGUCUUGAGCAAGAAAGUUCAGGCGCUUGCACAAAAUGUUCAGCAAGUCCGGAAAUACUUGCAGGAAUACAAGAAAGUUGGCAAUGAACUUUUUGGAGAGUUGUGGAAUAGAUUGGAAAAAUUGAAUGAGAAAAUAAGUAAAGAUUUAAAUGAGCUUACUACAAGAGAAAAGAAAAUGGCCUAUACUGAAUACCUAAAUGUUGCAAAAAUGAUGUGUGAAACAGUCUGGGCAAAGUUCAACAUAGCAGAAAUGACAAGUGGUCUUAUUCUGAUGGUUACAGUUAUGGCACUUAUUGUGUUGAUGGUGCUCAGUCAAGCGAAUGAUGUAUUGGUCUUGAAGAGGCUGCUCCUCCUUACUGUAGGAGUCAAUUCUUUGUUCAUUUUUACUCCUUAUGCCAGUAUUUCAGUGAUGGGAUAUGUGGCAAGUGGAAUGAUAGUUCUUUGGCUAUAUUUCCACCAUAGAUAUUUGAAUUGCAAGUGCUCAGAUAUUAACAUCACAGAUGGCUUUUCUCUGUUUCUAAUACUAUGCAUAUACUUAGGGAGUUUUUCAAACAGUUAUGUUGUUGUAGAAAAUUAUGUAAUAUCAUUCAUGCUCUUAUCAUUAAUUAUAAUGUAUUCAGUUAUUUCCUUUUUGAGGCGACAAAAAAAGAAGAAUAUGAGUACACUAUCUUGGAAGAAUGUAAAAGUGUCUUUAAAUGUCCGCAAUGUUGUAUGUUUUAUGGCUGUGAUUGUCCUGCUGGUGUCUGUACGAGGAAGCUCUUCAUACUGGAAAUGCCGUGAAGAGCAGUCGUGGUGUGUUCCCAGCCAGGUUCACACCCCCAUGAAUGGUCUGCCAGAGAGCUUCAGAAACUGGAGAUACUUUACUAGCUUGUUUGCCCUUAUUUUGUUGGUGUGGUUGCCUCGACGAUGGCUCAUUAUGUGUGGCAAUUUGAAUGGUUCAAGGCUGGGAGUUCUUUUAGUGAAUUAUGUCCCAGUCAUUACAGGGGUGUUUGUAGCUGCUCACUGGGCCCUACAGGCUGCACCUCUGCAGAACUCUCCACUCAGUGAGCAUGUUGUAGUCCCUCCACGAUUAACAUAUGCUGUUACUAUGUUAUUUGUUGUAACCUUGUACUGCAUUCCCUUGCUGAUAUAUGAGGUGCCUCCUAAGAAAAGCUUUGGACCUGUUGUUAACCAUCCUUAUGGUUUUGUACCUCAAGUGUAUCAUAAGCUCAUUGAAAAAUACCAUGAUGGUAACUCCAAGAACUCCAAUAUUCCUGUAGUAUAUGGACUGGCUACAGCAGUGUCUGCCCCAGUGGUAAGCAUAGUGACUGCACUCUUAGUUGUACUGACUAUGCUUGCUGGUGAUGGCUUGGCACCAGCAGUCCUAGUUCUUGUUGUCACUGCAGCAUCUUGCUUCGUGGUACAAGCUGUAUGUUCAUGGAUGACAGCCAAUAAUAUUGAAACGUUGCUGAAACCAUCUUGGGCAGCCCUCUGUGUCUGGUUCAUCAUGAGUGUUCAUGGAUUCUAUGUAACUGGGCAUCAGCCAACCUUCUCCUCAUUGCACUGGUCUGCUGCAUUUGUAGGAUUUACUGGUGAUUGGGGUGGCAGCAACUUCUUCCCUACUCUCCUUGUGGGCAUCAACACUUUCAUGGCACAGAUUCUCUUUGGUUUAUCAUUGCCAUUAAUUGUGUUAGCGCCACUAGCCAUAGGAGUGGCCUUUCCAAGACUACGAGGCAACAGACUAGAGUCUGAAGAAACAAGUCGAGGAGAGUUCUUAUUGGUGGAUCGGCCAGAGAAAGCUAAGGAGGCAGUCUUGUUUACUGCAGUAUCUUACAUCCUUCUCCAUGCAGCAAAAGUAUUUUGUUCGUCCCUCUCUGCAUUUGUUUUACGACGCCAUUUGAUGGUCUGGAAGAUCUUUGCCCCACACUUUAUUUUUGAGGCUGUAGGAUUCUUGGUGACAUCUUGCUGUGUGGUCCUCAGCACUGUCCUCUUCCUCAGAGUACUGAAGGUCCUGUAUGCAUGGAGUGAGCAGCUCCGCAUAAAGAACACUUAAACAACAGUGUCACAUUGUUCUAAAUUAGAAAUUAUUUUAUGGAAAAGACUGUUGUUACAGACAUGUAUAUGUACAUUAAUGGUAGUAGCCAUGUGGUUUUUGUUUUGUCCAUUGAAGAUUUGAGAUGUCUGAUUUGUCAUUAGCUAUAUCAUAUUUUUGAUACUAAAGGAAAAAGCAUUUAUAUUGUGCAGUUGUGUCUUUUGUAUUGGAGCAUUGUUGAUCUGAAUAAUUUCAUAUAUAUGGUUAUAUGACAGUGUAUUAUACAGUAUCAUUGAGAGAAUUGUUUUUAACUUAUAUGAAUAUGCUCCUGAGGACUUUUAUACUAUAAAAUUAAAAUGUAGAUAAUAAAUAAUAUAAGAAUACUAUUCAGACCAAAUGUGUAUCCUUGUUCAUAUUUAAUAUUUUGCUCAAUAUUGUUGUAAACAAUACCUUUAUACAAGCUGUGCUACUAAAAGUUCUUAUUACAGGGUAAGGAGUCUCUCUCUCUCUCUCUUUGGCAUAAUGUUUUUGUGGAAACCAUACUUUUGAUCUCAGAUGUUACAAGUGAAUUCUUUACCAGAAAAUAGGAAUUCAGUAUAAUUAGAUAAUGAGUAUAUGAAAAUAUGCUGUACAUAUUCUAUUACAACAUUUAAACUUCAUUAAUUGAUUGUGAUAUAAUAGAAAUGAUAAUGCUACCACUGCCACUACCACCACUACUACCUUACAUCUACUUCUGCUUCUGCUUCUGCUUUUGCCUCUGCUUCUACAUUAUCUACUACUAUUACUAUUACCACUGCUACAAGUACUACUAGUACUACUACCAGUACUAUUACUAAUACUACUAUUAUUGCUACUACUACUAUUAUUGCUACUACUAUUAUUGCUACUACUAUUACUACUACUACUAUUACUACUACUACUACUACUACUACUACUACUACUACUACUACUACUACUACUACUACUACUACUACUACUACUACUACUACUAGUGCUAGUACUAGUGCUAAUACCAGUACCAGUACCAAUACCAAUACCAUCAUCAGUAUCACCACCACCACAGUUGUUAUUUUUACUAAUACUACUGUUACUAUUCCUACUAUUUUUUCUACUACUUCUGAUACCACAAGUAACCAAGAGUUACUGUGGUAUUUGGGCUAGAUAUAACACAACUAUGAGCAGUUUGCAAACCCUUUUUAAGUGAGUAAUAUGAAAUUUAAGAUGCUGCAUAUAGUUUAAACAUACACUCACAUGACACUGAUGUAUACAUAUAAUAUUAUUUGUAAGAGAUAAGAGGCCAAAUUAUAAAUCAGUUAAAAACAAUGUUAUGGUCUAUUUUUAAAGACAAAGCGGCCACUUGAUUCAUUAAAAAUACGUGCAACAGAUUUUAAAAAGACAUAUUGUCAAUUAACUAAUAUAUACCUUUUGGCCAUGAUCAUGGCUUUCCACAGAAUGUGUGGCUACACUAUUGUAUAUGUCCCCUCAAAAACUUUUUUCUGCUUCAUUUUAACUAUCAGUGAGAUGCAUGUAGUGUCUACAAAUGCAUCUGAUACUACUUGGCAAAUUUCCUCCUCCUGAGCGAAACUCCCUCUGCUUAUGGAUGGAAUAUAGUGAACAGUGGCAUAGAUAAGAAGUUUUAUAGGGGGGGCGGGAAAUGCAGAUUUUCCGACAAAACUGUAAUAAGCAUUUUCGUUUCUUCAUGAUUAUUUUCUGACAAGGUUAGCAAUUUUCCGACAAAUGGCAGUUUAGCUCUAGAGGGGGGUUUUCCGCCCACCCUGACCCCCCCUAUCUAUGCCACUGAUAGUGAAUGUGAAUUAAUAAUUAUGGUACUUUAUGGCUUUAUGGCAUCUCUUCUCUUAAUUUGCCCCAUCACACACCAAACUAUUAAAUAUUAGAGAAUUACCUCUUGGUGUAUCAUUGUUUUUAUUAUUCAGAUAACUAUGAGCCUCUUUUAUUGUUUUAUAUAAUAAAAAUGUAAUUUUGUUGC